CCCUCGGAGUGUGAGCAGUGCACCUGUGACCCGGACGGCAUCGCUCGCUGCCUUGUGGCCGACUGCGCCCCCCCGCCCUGCGUCAAUGCCGUCUACGAGACGGGCCAGUGCUGCCCCACGUGCCAGGGGGGUCCCAACUGCUACGCGGACAGGAGCCGGACGCGCGUCAUCCCCGCUGGAGAGGUCGUCUGGGUGGAGCCCUGCACCCGGUGCCGCUGCCACGACGGCCAGGACGCAGGCUACUGGGAGGGCAACCGGGUGGCCAAGUGCGAACUGCUCCGCAACUGCAGCCCGCUGGACCGGCGCAACUCCUGAGCGCCCCCCUUCCGGCUGGGCUGCAGAGCCCCUCCCCCCAACCCCAUCCCC